AUGGCUUCUGUAGGAAUGUGCAUGUGUUGGAUGCGAGUCUGCAGACACAGAGCAUCCCUGAAGGGAUGCAAGACGGCAGCAAAGCAGCCAAGCAUGGUUUUCCUUCCUCUCCAUAAAUACUUCUCAUCUGCAUCGUUCCAGCGUUACCCUCUUCACACUGUACAGAGAAUUGAUCGAGAGAACAUUGCAGAAAUGUUUUCAGCCGAUGAGCAGUAUCACUGGAAUACCCAAGAUGGACAGAAAGACAUUGAGGAGGAACUAAACACAGGUCUGGAACUGGUGGACUCGUGUAUCCGCUCCCUACAGGAAUCUGGGAUCUUGGAUCAUCAAGAAUACACCACAGCUGACAGACCGAGUCUGCUCUCUCAGAGCUCACUGCAGCUCAGCUCGAACCCAAAGGGCUCCCUCCAGUACUCCGCCAGCUACCAUAGUAACCAGACCCUGGCCCUGAGUGAUUGCGUGUCCGCACCACAAUCUCAGCAGCCUCAGCCCCCUCCGCGCUCCAGCGGGCAGCCCGGAGGAGCUGUGCACAGCUACAACCAGGUGACAUCUAACCGUGCGGCCCAGCUUGUGGCGGACGACUCUUGUCAGAGCCAUGGCAGUGCCCUGCUGUCCGAUUCCCAGCACCCCUCUGCAGCGUCCGGCCCGGGCCUGUACUACUCCUGCUCUACUCUGCCUGCCAAGCGCGUCAGCUCUCCCCUGAACUCAAUGCAGUCCACGGUGACCAGCGGAUCCCCGACUAAACUGCAGCGUCUGGGCUCGGCCUCCGACACACCCGGCUACGCCACCACCCAGCGCCUGCCCUCCUCGUCCUCCUCAGCCUCCCCCAAGCCUUCUCCAGGCAGGCUUGCAAAAUCCUAUAGCAGUAGCUCACCGAUCAAUGCGGUGGGGAUCGGAGGAACGCCCGGUACUCACACUUCAGGCUCCCCUCACCAGUUGGCGUCUCCGCCCAAUAAUGCGUCGCCUAUCUAUCAGCAGCUGCAGACCGCAGGAGUGUCGACUUACGCUACGCUUUCACCUACCAAAAGGCUGGUGCACUCAUCUGAGCAGUACAAGAUAUCCCACGAUCUCUACGCCACUGCCACUCUACAGAGACCUGGCAGCCUUGCUGGAUCUCGAGGUUCGUACAGCAGUCAGCAUGCUCACCUGGGCCCCGAACUGAGGCCCCUGCAGUCCCCCGAGCAUCACAUCGAUCCCAUAUAUGAAGACAGAGUCUACCAGAAAGUCCCCAUGAGAAGCUUGAGCCAGAGCCAGGGAGAAGCGGUCCCUCCGGGCCAUACUGGAACCUACCGGAAUAACACGGACCUAGUGAACCAGUUCUGUGAGCAGGUCCUGAACUUCUUGUUUUGUCCCUACUCUCCUGCCAUAGCCCCAUCCUCCCCUGGUGUUGACUCCGUACCCUUGCAGCGAACAGGAAGUCAGAAUGCCACAGGGACGUUUCCCAGAGGUGGCUACUCGUCCGGUCAGGGCGCCAAUUACACAGAUACUUACCGCACGUUGCCGUACUGCUCAUCAGUGGAGUCUCCCUACAGCAAGUCCAGCCCUGCCCUGCCACCCGAGGGCAACCUGGCCCGCUCGCCCUCCAUUGACAGCAUUCAGAAGGAUCCCAGGGAGUUCGGUUGGCGAGAUCCUGAGUUACCUGAAGUCAUUCAGAUGUUGCAGCACCAGUUUCCCUCAGUUCAGUCCAACGCAGCGGCAUAUUUGCAACACCUAUGCUUUGGAGACAACAAAAUUAAAGCUGAGAUACGGAGGCAGGGUGGUAUUCAGUUGUUGGUGGACCUGUUGGAUCACAGAAUGGCUGAAGUACACAGAAGCGCCUGUGGUGCCCUGAGGAACCUUGUUUACGGCAAAGCCAAUGAUGAUAAUAAAAUCGCUCUGAAAAACUGUGGUGGCAUUCCUGCGCUGGUCCGCCUGCUGCGUAAGACCUCUGAUGUGGAAGUCAGAGAAUUGGUCACAGGUGUGUUGUGGAACCUGUCCUCGUGUGAUGCUCUGAAGAUGCCUAUAAUCCAGGAUGCUCUAGCCGUCUUGACCAACACCGUGAUUAUACCCCAUUCCACCUGGGACGUGUCCCCACAUCAGGAGGACCGCAAGCUUCAAAUGCACACAUCUCAAGUACUUCGCAAUGCCACCGGCUGCCUGAGGAAUGUGAGUUCGGCAGGAGAGGAGGCUCGACGGCGGAUGAGAGAAUGCGAGGGUCUGACUGACACGCUGCUUUUCGUCAUCCAGACUUCCCUCGGAAGCAGCGAGAUUGAUAGCAAGACCAUAGAAAACUGUGUAUGCAUUUUGAGGAACCUCUCGUAUCGGCUUGCAGCUGAAACGUCUCAGGGACAGCAGAUGGGAACGGACGAGCUGGACGGCCUCCUGUGUAGCGAUUCCAGCGGGAAGGAAGGAGAGACCUCGGGCUGCUGGGGAAAGAAGAAAAAGAAGAAGUCCCAGGACCAGUGGGAUGGUGUGGGACCACUGCCAGAUACUGCUGAGCCCCCCAAAGGGAUUCAGAUGCUGUGGCAUCCUUCGAUAGUAAAGCCCUACCUCACCCUCCUGUCUGAGUGCUCAAACCCGGACACGCUGGAGGGAGCCGCUGGGGCACUGCAGAAUCUGGCUGCUGGGAGUUGGAAGUGGUCAGUGUACAUCCGUGCGGCGGUAAGGAAAGAGAAGGGUCUGCCAAUCCUUGUGGAGCUGCUGAGGAUAGACAACGACCGUGUGGUGUGUGCCGUCGCUACCGCGCUCAGAAACAUGGCCUUGGAUGUCAGAAAUAAAGAGUUAAUCGGUAAGUAUGCCAUGCGAGACCUGGUGCACCGGCUCCCAGGUGGGAGCAAUGCUAGCGGAAGCAGCGGUGGUACGGCAAACAGCACAGCGGGUAAAACCAUGUGCGAUGACACCGUUACGGCUAUAUGCUGCGCCCUACACGAGGUCAUCACCAAGAACAUGGAGAACGCCAAGGCCUUACGAGACACCGGUGGCAUUGAGAAGCUCAUCGGUAUUGCUAGGAGUAAAGGAGAUAAACACUCACCUAAAGUGGUAAAGGCAGCAUCUCAGGUUCUCAGUAGCAUGUGGCAGUACAGAGAUCUCCGGAGCCUUUAUAAGAAGGAUGGCUACUCACAGUAUCACUUUGUUGGCUCGGCCUCAACAAUAGAGAGAGACAGACAGAGACCGUACUCAUCCUCACGCACUCCGUCAGUAUCUCCAGUCCAGACGUCCCCUAAUAACCGAUCAGCCAGUGCCCCCGCCUCACCCAGAGAGAUGAUCGGCCUCAAGGACAGGAAGAGCAACUACGACUCCACUGGAACCAACGCCAGUUACCAUGGAAACAAAGGAGAGCUCACUUCCAGAAAAGACACAAUGGCAGUUCAAACCUCCUGUGGAACAUCCACAUUGUUCCGGAACUCGUACGAGACUUCAAAUGACGAGAUCAAACACAACCAGGUCCCAGUGCCGCCCGCACCACAGGAGCCCCCGCGCAAGGACUACGAGGCAUACCCCAUCUAUCAAAACUCCACUAGGAACUUUGAGGAGCCAUUUUUUGAGGAUCAGGUUCAUCGUCCCCCUCCCGCCACCGAUCUGAAUAUGCACCUGGGACUCAAGUCCACCGGGAAUUAUGUGGACUUCUACUCUGCCGCACGGCCCUAUAGCGAACUCAACUACGAAACGAGUCACUACCCCGCGUCCCCCGACUCUUGGGUUUAGGACUUUGAGCACAUAGAGGCCAGGAAACUGCAUGUGCAUGCAUAUCACAAAACCUUUUUCAGAGAGUUUUGUUAGUCUAAGCUGGUUCCAUGGCGAAUAAAAAAAAAAAGAAAGCGAGAGAGAAAAGAAGGCCUUGACAGAGAGAGAAAGAAUGCGUGUGAGAUGAGAGAGAGCACAUGCUUUAAAGAGAAGCGAAAGCUUAACCUCUGGAGUAGAAAGUGGGUUAUGUAUUGAAAGGUAUUUGAAAAGUGUAGUGGCAAAAAAAAAAAAUAUAUAGCAGAGGAAGGUGAGGUAUGUAAGCACAAGAAAAUUACGUUUGUAAAAUUAGCUACAGGAACAGCUUUUCACCAUUUUCAAAACUUUCUUUUCAUUCAUUUGAAGUCACGGUGGAUCAAAAGCUUUUUCUUUACACAUUUUUCCCCUCUAUUUUUUUUUAUUUGAUGUAAAGUAUUUGGAGUACAUUAAAGAAAUGCAUUACACAAGUGCAUUGUGUAAAUUACACAGACCACUCAGUUCUUCCCAUGGCUUUGGGUAUUUGUUUUACAGUACAAGAAAAAGACAAAAAAAUAAACAUCCUCGGAGAGAUGUGUUAACCUUCAGUGUCCAUUCCCCAAAAUUACGUGCGAAGAGCAAGGAUGUAAAUGCCAGUAUUGUUCAUUCUGAAAAUGUGAAUAUGUCUGUGGAAACUAAAACAAAAGCAGAUGAAGACCAGAGCAUCAUUCCACUCUCCUCGUCGAUGAAGUGCUUUCUCACUGCCUACAAAAAUAGAUGUAGAUUUUUGACAGAUUCUUUUUUCAAUUUCACUUUUUUCUUUCUUGGUGACUCAGUGUGGAAUAAAAAUAAAUGCGGCUAUUUAUCAUCCAUAUUUGCAGGAGAACUGUCUGUUUUAGACCUUGAUCUCAGUUUUCUGUGCUAACUGACUGUGCCAAAUUUUAAAAUCUCUUCAAUCAGCACUGGGGACAUUUUUGAGUUUUUCAGUUACUGCUUCGAUUUGUAUCUGCGGUUUUUUUUUUCCGUUUUUUAGUGUGUUUUUAGUGUGUUUUACUGGAAUUAAGCGACAUCUAGAAAACACUGGAAUACUACCAGGAGGGCAAAACUUAACUUUGCAAGCUUAAUUCCCUCCAAAGAUGUACAAAAAAAACCGUCUCUCAAUGUUAGUUGAGUGUUUGCUGUACGUUGAUCAGUGUUUGCUAUGAGAGGCUUUGUUUCUGACAGGUGGCUUCUUCUGUUUGACUUGACCAGAGAUGAUGAACUGCUACACUGAGAUGUUAAUAGAGAAUGAUAAAUAUAUAAAUAUGAAUAUAAAUAUAGAUCUAUAUAAUUUUUAUGUGCUGAUGUCAGUGUCACUGUAAGCAACAAACCAGAAAAGACUUGUACAAAAAAAAGAAAAACGAUUCUGUUUACCUUCAUGUUCUGAUUCCAAAAGAGAAAAUGAAACUUGAAAUGUUAACCUGGUCCCAGUUGUGUUGUUACCAAGCUACUAAAAUAAUCAUGCUGGAUUUGGAUAAUGUUCUGAUGUCAGGACAAUAAAUUACUCUACGAUUUGGAGCCAUUUUCUUAUAUCCAGUAGACAUGCCACAAAAUCAUCAUUUUCACACCCGAACAAUUGUGCGUUCAAAGCAGAUACGCUGGUAUUACAGCUGGUUGGACACUAGGUGGUGCUAUGGGGCAAGUUUCACUACACAAUGGCCACGUACAUGCUGAAGCUAAAUUCGGUUGUCAGUUCACCUUUUAGUACUUUUUGUACACACACAGUACAGUAAUUUAUGGGAGUGACGACCACAUUCUACAACCGAAUUGACUCCUGAAAAAUGCAGGUAUUG